UCUUCGAACAUUGCGGCCGAAGGUAUCGGCAAAAUGAGUGGCACAUCCAUUUCCACCGCCCUCUUCCUCCUCAUCUCCUGCCUCCAACUCUCUGGGGCCGCCAGCGGCGGCAGCUGGUCUCUUCUUCAACCCAACAUCGGCAUAUCCGCAAUGCACAUGCAACUCCUCCACAAUGAUCGCGUCAUCAUCUUCGACCGCACCGACUUCGGCCCCUCCAACCUCUCCUUACUCGCCGGCAACUGCCGCGAAGACCCCAACGACCAAGCUCUACAACACGAUUGCACCGCCCACUCCCUCGAGUACGAUAUCACCACCAACUCCUUCCGCCCUCUCAACAUCCUUACCGACACAUGGUGCUCCUCCGCCACCGUCUCCCCGGACGGCCGCCUCUUCCAAACAGGCGGUUUCAACGACGGCGAUCGCGCCGUCCGCAUUUUCCCCACUUGCCCGAACCAUAAUACAGACUGCGAUUGGUCCGAAAAUCCCGUCGCUCUCUCCGUUCGCCGCUGGUAUGCCACCAAUACCAUUCUCCCAGAUGGCCGGGCUGUAAUCGUCGGCGGCCGCAAGCAGUUCAACUACGAAUUUUACCCCAAGGAUUCCAACCCCGGUGUUUCUACUCUCGCGUUUCUCUCACAAACCAAAGAUCCAGAGGAGAACAACCUUUACCCUUUUGUACACCUCAACGUCGACGGCAACCUAUUUAUCUUCGCCAACAACCGCGCGAUUCUCUUUGACUAUAAAACGAACACGAUAGUAAGGAUUUACCCUACAAUACCGGGUUCUGAUCCUAGAAACUACCCUAGCAGCGGGUCCUCGGUGUUACUUCCACUAAACGCGACGGCGGCGGAGGCUGAAGUCCUCGUCUGCGGUGGCGCGCCGAAAGGGUCUUUCAUCCUGGCCUCGAAAAAUGCGACUUUUGUAAAGGCGUUGACCACGUGCGGGCGAAUCAAAAUCACUGACUUCUCGCCGACGUGGCAAAUGGAAACGAUGCCCGUGGCGAGGGUGAUGGGGGAUAUGGUUCUGCUUCCAACCGGAGCCGAUGUGCUUAUAAUAAAUGGUGCUGAGGCCGGGACGGCUGGGUGGGAGCUGGGUCGUAACCCGGUGCUCAGCCCGGUCGUGUACCGGCCCGAUGGGCCAUCCGGGUCGAGGUUUGUGGUGCAAAGCCCUUCAAGCGUACCUAGACUGUACCACUCCACUGCUGUGCUUCUGCGCGAUGGGCGGGUCCUAGUCGGGGGGAGUAACCCGCACAUUUACUAUAAUUUCUCCGGCGUUCAGUACCCGACUGAACUCAGUCUCGAGGCCUUCUCGCCGGACUAUCUCAGCCAGGAUAGUUCCGGCCUGAGAGCGGUUAUUGUCACCGAGGGUUCGGCGUUUGAGCUGAGUUAUGGAAAAGAGUUUGUUUUGGGGUUUAAUGUGAGUUUGUUGAGGAGCAAAUAUGUGAGGGUGACGAUGGUGAUGCCGGCGUUUUCGACGCAUUCGUUUUCUAUGAAUCAGAGGUUGCUGAUAUUGGGGAGCAAAGCGGUGGCGGGAUCUUCGAGUCCAAGAUCGAGCUAUGCAGUCGUGGCGGCGGCGCCGGCCUCCGCAACCCUGGCGCCGCCGGGGUAUUAUAUGCUGUUUGUGGUGAACGAAGGGGUCCCCAGCGAGGGCGUCUGGGUCCACAUACAAUGAGCAAUGCGAAUUCGCACUUGUGCUCUGUCGGGCUCCGCACGUGAACCAAUAGUGACGAGGAAGCAUUGGCCUCUGCAU